UUUCAGAUGUGGAUUUGAGGACAAUACAACAAGAUAAAAUGGGUGGACCUGAUCUAGACAAAUGGGUCGAAAUAUCCAAGGAAUGCAAGUAUCUACCUGAAAAUGAGUUGAAGCAACUUUGUGAUUUGGUUUGUGAUCUACUUCUCGAGGAAUCUAAUGUGCAGCCUGUUUCAACCCCUGUAACAGUGUGUGGUGAUAUUCAUGGACAGUUCUACGAUCUCGAGGAACUGUUCCGUACCGGUGGUUCUGUUCCUGACACUAACUAUGUCUUUAUGGGGGAUUUUGUGGACCGAGGUUUCUACAGUUUAGAAACAUUAACUAGACUUCUAGUACUCAAAGCGAGGUGGCCAGAUAGAAUAACAUUGUUACGAGGUAAUCACGAAUCCAGGCAGAUCACACAGGUGUAUGGAUUCUAUGAUGAAUGUCAGAAUAAAUACGGAAACUGUAACGCCUGGAAAUACUGCUGCCGUGUGUUUGAUCAUUUAACCCUGGCUGCACUCAUAGAUAAUAAGAUAUUAUGUGUACAUGGAGGAUUAUCUCCUGAGAUUAGAAGCUUGGAUCAAAUCCGACUGAUAGAUCGUUGCCAGGAGAUUCCACACAAAGGAGCAUUCUGCGAUCUAGUGUGGUCAGAUCCAGAGGAGGUUGACAGUUGGUCAAUAUCUCCAAGAGGAGCAGGAUGGCUUUUUGGAGAAACGGUAAUUAUCCAGCUUUGCCUGGAAACUAAACUUUCGCUGUUAAGUCAAUCCCACUCUUUAAUAUUUAGAUAUAUGUUCGAUGAUAAACUGGUUACCGUGUGGUCUGCACCAAACUACUGCUACAGAUGUGGAAACGUUGCUUCCAUUCUUGAAUGUGACGCGAAUGGUACGCGAACAGCAAAGAUGUUUGACGCGGUUCCCGAGGAGAAACGCGUAUUUCCCUCGCGAACUGUUACGCCUUAUUUCCUGUAGUGACCUCGCGUUAGCGAACAUAAUGGACGCGUGCGCUGUGUUGUCUGUUGACGCAGUCUGAACUGAAAAUAUAAAAACAAUUUGAUUAAAUAUCAUCGUGUUAAAAACUGAUUUCAUCUUCACUAUACUUUUACAUUACACCAAACAAGCUUGUAUUCUGAAUACAUUAAACACACUCCUCUUUUUUUUAAACAUCUUCAUGAUUUGGCUUGUCCCAAAAAAAACCCUAUCCCCCCCCCGUACCCCGCUUUGUUAUUUGGUUACUCCGUUCAACGCUCUUCCUGUGCAAUUCAUAUCUUUAUUCCUGGAUUUCUUUCUUUUACACAAUGAUGCCCUUUACUAGUUGGUUGUACGCUGCACACUGUGCACAGCUGUGAUUCUGUACAUUGUACAUAGCCAAGAUGCAGUACACUGUACAUUUUAAUUCAUCCUCAUUUUACCCCUGCUCAAUAAGUUUUAUUUCCAGGUUAAACUUUAUUCUUUGCGUUUUUUGACGCGUUUCCGUCCCGUCCCUGUACGCAUUUAGGAAUACUCCUCUCUAACUCAUAUAUGUAAUACCACGCUUUUAUUGACCAGAGUUCAGAAAUUCUUAAAUAUAUUUUAUACCAAUAUCUUUUGUGAUUAUGACAUUUAGAGAAAUAGAAACAAAUGUUUACCA